AUGAUCGGCUUCAAAGGAUAUGGACUAUCGCCAGCUCAACUCUCGGUCUCCGCUAGCUUCAGCUAUUCUGACGGACAGACAUAUUCCAUCACGCAUGGCUCUGUCAUCAUUGCUGCUAUCACAUCCUGCACCAACACUUCGAACCCAAGCGUGAUGCUUGGAGCUGGUCUACUGGCUAAGAAGGCGGUGGAAAACGGCCUUAGUGUACUGCCGUACAUCAAGACUUCUUUGUCUCCUGGAUCAGGAGUUGUCACAUACUACCUCAGGGAAUCCGGCGUGGUUCCGUACCUAGAGAAGUUAGGGUUCGACAUCGUGGGUUAUGGAUGUAUGACGUGUAUCGGCAACUCCGGACCCAUCGACGACAAUAUUGCCAACACUAUCGAAAAGAACGAGCUGGUCUGCUGCGGUGUACUAUCAGGCAACAGGAACUUUGAAGGCAGAAUCCACCCGAACACCAGAGCCAAUUAUCUGGCUUCACCCCUCCUUGUCAUAGCUUAUGCUCUCGCUGGUACCGUCAACAUUGACUUCGAGAAGCAACCCUUGGGCACUCGCUCUGAUGGUACUCCGGUGUUUCUACGCGAAAUCUGGCCUACGAGAGCUGAGAUCCAGGAAGUGGAGACAAAGCACGUCAUUCCAGGCAUGUUUAAAGAGGUAUACGAAAAGAUUGAACAAGGAUCACCGUCCUGGCAGGCUCUCGCCAUACCCCAGGGGAAGUUGUACGGCUGGGAUCCCAACUCCACGUACAUCAAGAAACCACCGUUCUUCGAUGGAAUGACCAGGGAACUAAAACUCGCCCAAGGAGUCCAGAACGCCCGCUGUCUGCUACUCCUGGGUGACUCUGUGACCACAGACCACAUCUCACCGGCCGGAUCCAUCGCGAGGAAUUCUCCAGCAGCCAGAUACCUGGCGACUAGAGGUUUAACGCCACGAGAAUUCAACUCGUACGGCUCCAGACGUGGUAAUGACGCGAUAAUGUCCCGUGGAACAUUCGCGAACAUCAGGCUGGUGAACAAAAUGUCGCCCACGCCCGGCCCCAAGACCACGCACCAUCCCAGCGGUGAUGUCAUGGAUAUAUUUGACGCGGCUGACAGAUACGCGUCAGAAAACGUUCCUCUGAUAGCCGUCGUUGGCAAGGACUAUGGGUCAGGCUCGAGUCGUGAUUGGGCUGCGAAGGGACCUUAUCUAUUGGGUAUUAAAGCAGUAAUUGCCGAAUCGUUUGAACGCAUUCACCGCUCGAACCUGGUCGGUAUGGGCAUCAUCCCUCUCCAGUUCCUCCCAGGGGAGAACGCCGAUACCGUCGGGCUGAACGGCAGUGAGACGUUCACAAUCAACUUACCAGAGAAGCUUAAUCCUGGAGACAUCAUUAGCGUUCAGGUGGACAACGGCAAAUCAUUCCAAGUGAAAGUCCGUUUCGACACGGAAGUAGACUUAACUUACUUCCGUAAUGGCGGUAUCCUGAACUACAUGAUAAGGAAGAUGUUGUAA